UGUUACGUCAUUAAUAUGGCUACCUGACAUGGUGCUUGAUGGUGGUACGGCAGUGUUUUCGUGACAUAAUUUAACACGUUCUUUGAAAUUAAAAUUUGAAGAAACAGCUCAGCUUUACCCAACCACCUGCCCAGUCAUGCCUAGAUACGAGCUAUCCCUGAUCCUGAAGGUGAUGCAGAGACCGGAGACCGCGGCAGUCCUGCGCCGUACAGUCGAGACCUUGAUGGAGCGAGGAGCUGUGGUACGUGGGUUGGAGAACUUGGGCGAGAGAACGCUUCCCUAUAAGAUCUCCAAGCAUAACUUACGCCAUACGCGAGGCGGAUACUUCCUAGUCGAUUUUCACGCUGCACCGAGCAUCCUCCCUGGAUUGCUGGAUCACCUGGAACGGGACGUGGACGUGGUGCGGCCCACAGUGUUGAAGAAAGAGACUCAAGCCAUACGAGCGAAUUGCUGCGGCCCACCCCCUGCAGAAGUCAAGGGCACCACAGCACAUCCCAAAUAAGAGUGAGAAUAACCAUGAUCCGUCACAAACCGACUGGAGGGGUGUCCUCUUUGAUGACC